AUGUCGAAAAGGAAAUCCGAAGUGCCGCUUGUCGAGCAGCUAUAUAAAAAAAACCUCGGCUCAUUCGAAGCGUCUGGCGGCUUUUGCGACGAUGAUGAUCAGGUGGCCGAACGACGGGAAGAGAUAGCGCAGAAGCGACAGAGAAAGAAGCAUUGGGAUGAUGGUGGCGCAGAACUACGAAAAAACCGAUCAGCUCAUCGCGUGGAAAGACUGGCCUUUCAAGCAAAACAUUCGAAAUUGGCG